UAUACUAGGUACUAACCUUGAACGAGUGCCGAUAUCCCUUAAUCGUUAAACCUAAGCCGCACAUUCCCCAACGUCUUGGUCCGAUCCUUCCUAACUUUGAUUCGUCUAUCCACCUAAACGGUUCCCUGGUAGUUGCGUGCCGGCAUUUUCUGAUCUCAUAGGCAAGGAAAACAUGAACGGUGUUUCUUUAGCUCCGUUUCAUGUCUGUUCCCUCUCCUCUCAGCCGGGUAACCACGAUUCUCUCUUUCGUCCGGGUCUAGAAGGACUAGCAUAAUGUCAACUUCAAGACGUGGCCGGUCUUCAUCGUUAUUCUCGUCGUCGUCGUCGUCGUCGUUGCCACGUAGUUUGAGCUCGGAUUGGCUUUUCAUUUCUUCUCCCGCGAGCCAGAGCCAAACACCACCACCGAUCCGACAGCGUACUUCAAGAAGGAUGAGCCCCGCGAGGUCGUCGGUUGCCAACGCUGAGCAGCCGUCGUCCCAAAAGAGGGCAUCCUCGCUCGCCGGCUUCUUCAGCAAGAUCCUACCGAGUAACCGUCCAGAACAAGGAGGCACCCGCCGCACGGACUGGACGGGUGAUAACGACAAUGCGGUAGGGACGAGCCGUAGCGAACUGACGGGUUGGAACCUUGCCAAAGACAAGUUCCCUGCACACCAUACAUCGACAAGCGGACCAGAAGAACCUAGUAGUCACCGCCGGGUCUGGAGCUGGAGCCCGCAAAAGGGAGAGUCCAGGUUCGUUGAGAACUUACCGAGGGAUCGAUCCCGUGGGCGUGAACAAGUGCCGGAAGUUUCAGAUCGUGAACCUCAGCCGCCUCGAAAGUCGGAGGCGCUGACAAGGACCGAAGUACACGAGCUCCUCCAGUCCAAGGAAGAAGCCAGGAGAAAUCGACGGAACCUAAAGGAGAGUGGGGAUUGGUUAGGGGUGCAAGGUGCUGAUCCAUACUCGGGACAGUUUUCAAUCCUUACACCUACGGAUACUCUUAGCUCUGAGACGACCGGCACGUCGACGCGUACGAAGCUAGCCGGGUUGGCGCGGAAAAAGAAAGCCGCGAGGUUAGAGUACGAGCAGCUCAGGUUGUUAGAAGAGCAAGAGAAGGAUAAGGCUAGGCUAGACAGAGAGCAGGCGAAGCUUAACAAAAUCGAACGCGUGAAGGAAGAGCUUAGACGUCAGCACCAAUUCGCCAAAUGGAGCCAGCACAAGCGCAACUGGUCUUCCGCCGCCGAACCCAACCUCAGUCCGAUUGCCCAGUCCAUAGACAGUGUGGCGCUUGGAAGCAGUGAGACAUCUAGUUUGCUGAUUUCAGAGCUGCCUACUGACUCCUUCUUAUCAGAUCCCGAGGAUAUCACAUCAGCUAUUCCAAAUUUCUCUCGCCCUAAUCGUCCGCCAGUAUCAAUGAUUACUUCACAAGACCAAGCCGAACGGCUUGGUUACGAUAGCACACAGCCUCAGGGGCGUAGGCGACUCAAUCAAUCUACCGACACUAUUAUUCAUAACUCACCAGGUGUUAAUUUCGAACCUACAUAUCUCACAAGGCCAGCCACCCAGCCGUCGGGGAUACACCUUGACGCUGAGCAGCCGGACAUUGGGCGGACGAAGAGUGAGAGGCAUUUUUUAUGGAGGCGCCGACGGGGGACAGAUCCGGGGAAAUCAGGUACAGCCCACCAAGGGGGGGUAGUGGUGUCCAUGGUAGCCCAGAAUCUGACGUCGAAUUCGAUCGAGCACAUUCACAAGGAUCACUUCGCCGACCUAACGAUCCCGGAUUAUCAUCUCCAUCUCCUAUCACCAGAACUAGUAGACACGGCCGACAGCCAGUCGACGCUUUCAGAAGACUCACCGUUGACAACGCCCAAUCCAAGUUCUUUGGGGAUGAACACGAUGGCACUUUCCUCGACCACGAAUUUGGUAUACUCACAGGAGAACGGGAGAAGCAGCCAAAGCACAAAUACAGCUCCAGUGAUCUCAUCAUCUUCGAAGCUGAAAAACAUAAUGAGACGACCCUCAAUCCGGCACAAGCUAGUUCCAAGCCUGUUAGCUACCGUUCACACCAAGGUCAUAGAGAAACACCGUAUGUCACCUCCGACUUUCGACGAACUUCAAGAUCGCACGGUCAACAGUUUACCAGCAGACGCUCCAGUGUCCCAGAGCCAACCUUCACAGCCGGGCCAGCAAGGGAGGACCAGUUUAGAAAAGGCAAACAAGAUGCUACACCACGCGGAAAACCACCUCAAGCAAGCCCGGAGAGAAUGUGUGUCCACACCCACCACCACCAUUACUGGCUGCGUUCCCGCUCAGCAGAGCCAAACCGAUUGCCCGCAGCCAAAACGAUGUGUCGAAGCCAGUCAGGUAGAUGUCAUAACAAACAUUAUCGACAGCCCGGCGACUCCGGCGUCCUUGCAUCAGGACGACCCUUGCAUGACGCCAGACCUAAUACCAGAGGAACGAAGGACGCCUUCCCUUCCCACAGCGCCACAGAACAGCUUGCUGAAUCCCGAGCGCGCCCAAGAGAUACCAGGGACCGGUAUUUCAUCAACUCGCCGUGCGACGCCAGAAAAGAAGGAGCCAACCAUAGUUUCCACACCAACGACUCCAAAGCUUUGCCGUCUCGCCCAAAAGAAUGGCGCAACGAAUCAAAGGGACAUAUCAGAGGACGAGGAUGCAGUCGAGAAGACAGAAACGACCAAGAUAGAAAAGGCCGAACACUUAGAAACCAAGAAGACAAUCCGACAAGAACAAGCCGAGAGAAUCAACCAAGAGAGUCGCAGUGCAAGUAUGACUCGAACGCCAACAAUAAUUUCGCGAGAAGUACAUCAGCGCCUGUCAUACGAGGGACCAGAGGAGAGCAUAGUAGAAGAAGCGGCACGAAUUGCCAUGUUGCGUUUAAGGGCCAAGGAAAUAGUGAGAAGCAGGUCGGGCGACCGCCAAGUAAGCCGCAACCGGAGCCGAACUCCCAGUCCGGUGAGAAAGCAAGUCUCCAACGGCAAAACGACGGAGCCGAAGCGGUCGCUUCAAAAGCGGCCGAGGAAGAAACGCCACGGCGAAGAAGGCGCAGGCACCGGGCUUCCUUCCAAGCCUGAACACACCGAGGCGGAUGAGAGCAUUAAUGAAGCACAGCAUAAGAAAGGAGCUACAAAAGGAUUUGCUGGUAAACGAGAUGCAUCCGUAAUAGUAGUACAGUUCUGCAAGAUAGUCUACAUAUUAUUCUUAGGCCUAGCAUGUACUUGGUGGGCCAUAGUGCAGCCGGCUUUCAAUCCGCAAAGCGAUCUGUGGAAGAGGAGGUACAGGAAGGAGAGCACGUGGAGAGAUAUGGCCGUUUUCACGUCGGCGGGAUUAUUCUGCCUGGCCGGCGCAUUGUGCGGUUGGUAUAUGUCAAAGCUGUUCUGAUAGUUUUUAGAGCAAUGACGCCUUAAAGGUUACCACAGUACAAUAGGCUGAUAUUCCUGUACGGGUUAUGUGUUUGGAGUCUGGGACUAUAUCUGACCAAUGGUUGGACGAUAUG